UUUGAUUAUUUUUGUGAUAUAAAAUACAAUCUACUUGUGUUGCUAAGGCGUAGCACUAGCAAAAAAUAUAGUUAUUGAAUCAUAUGUAGGUUCAGAUUGGAAGAAAAUGUUUCGGUACAAGAUAUCAACAUUGUUUUUAUUUGUAUUCGCUGGAGUAAAUUUAUUCCAAUCUGUAUUGACCGUUGGUUUACCUAAAUACGAUGAAUCUAUGAUACCCCAAUGGGCAAUAGAGGAUGAAUCAGAGAGAAAAUUUGGAUUUGGUGCACAAUUUGAUAUUUUUGAUUUAUUGAAGAGAGAAAUAGCAACAUUCAAAGAAACUAACAAUCUUCCAGAACCUUUUCACAUAGAUAAGAAAGUAGAGACAUUAAGAAGUGCCCAUUUAGCAGUGGACAAAUUGCUACAAAAUCAGUUCCAUUUUAAGUUAGACGAUGUAAUAGAUGAAGCUAUCGAUAUUUCAAUGAAAAUCGGAAAAUCUUUGAUAAACAAUAGUGGCGUUGACGUUACAAACCUCGAGAAAGAUUUCAAGAAAUUGAUAGAAUGGUUCCUCAGAGUACGUGAUUAUUUAAUGAAGAAUAAAAAAUUUGGAAACCUCAGUGUUUUCAAAGGUUUAGAUUCGGUUGCUAGGAUUCUAUUUGAUGUAUCAAAAUGGAUUAAGAAUAAUAUUGAACAACGUGAGAGGAGACUUCCAUAUUCCAGAAACCACUAAGUGUAGUUUUGUACCGAAAUUGUAAUAGUUGAAAAUUUAUUUUAAUAUUUGAUAAUAGUGUUCUCACUCAUAUUCAUAAUCUUCUAUGGAUUUUAACUACAACCUCCGAUAAUUUUUGAAUUUAUCACGAUAAUAUAUUAAAUUGAAUUUCUUUCCAAAUUUGUCGCUUCUCCCCCAGGACCCUAGUAUAUAAGCACUGCACGGUAUCAAUUGAAUUAAGAAAUCUUGAGUACAUAAUUUUGAUAAUAAUAAGUUUUUACUACAUAAACAAAAAAAUUUCAGUCAAUUUGUGAUACUAACGGUUCAAAAUUUUGAAAUAUUGGUAUAAAUUCAUGAAACACAAAUAUGCUCUGCGCACUCUUUCAAUGAUAUAUUCUCCUAUCAAAAGAAAUCAAAAAUAAUAACAUAAGAUCCAUUGUAUUCUUUACAAGAUCAAAUACAAGACAAGUUCCUUCAAAUUAAUAGUAGUGAUAAUGAAAAGUCAUAAUGAUAUAAUUGAAUACUUAACGUGAAUAAUUGACCCUACUAAAAAUUGAAUUUGGUGUGAGCUUUGUUUACUAUGUGAUUUUUAACGAAUUUAUAAGUUUAGUUUAAGUUAUUUGGCUUUUUGGUGUUAAAGGAAGCUACAAAUUUUUGUGAAGCUACCUUAGUUAAUUCGACCACGUGAUCAUGCUAAGACAUUUUGCUACAUACCCUCAACACCAAGCGAAUUUACGAUGAUGGUGAUAUUUCAUGUCUACAGAGGACCAAACCCUACAACCUACACCCUAGGAUUUUGCUACAUUGAACUAAAUCAGAUUGUUUCCACUACAGUUCAGGUAGUUUAUUGGCAAUCCUGAUUUAAACGACGACACCAAAAUAUCGGGUUUUCAAUUUUGUCAAGUAGAUCGUUGAUGUACAGAAGAAAGAGAGUAGGUGAUAUGAUACAUCUCUAAGGAGCACCAGCGUUAACAUCAAAUCUGAGGUAUGUCCAUCGAUAGUGACUUGGAUUGAUCAGUCUUUUAGACAGCUACUAGGCCAGUCGAUAAAUGAGGACGGCAUUCAAUUUAUUUAGAAGAGUGUGCAGUGCAAUUGCUCGAGACUGUUUAGCCUCAGUCCAUACGUUGAUGGAAUAGACCAAGAGAUCCCCAGUUGAUCUAAUAAUAGACAAUAUUUACAUUUACAAUUUUCAUAAGUUUGUAAGAUAUUCAUUGUGAAAAGAUUACUAGUACUUGGUGAUUUAUAUUUUUUCAUGUGUUAACUAUUCCAACAAUCCAUUAUUUUAGCUCAAAAGGGAAUAGAAUCAAUAAAAGUUAAGUGUAAAUAUGA